AUGUUGGAAGAAAUAACUGCAAUGUUUUUGUCAUUAUUUUCGCUUUUCUGGAGCGAUACACCACGCGUAUCUUUACGAGGACAAAUUGAUCCAACAAGUAACACGGAAGGAGGGGUAGAUGAUGAUAGAUGGCAACCGUAUAUAAAUGAAGAAUACGAAAACUUUCAUACCAACGAACGGUUAAGCUCAGUGUUUGUUGAUGGAAGAUUAACAGAUUAUACAAGGCUUGAUGGUACUUCGUCUGGACGAAGAAGUUAUUGGGAGUCGAUUCGGAGAAGUUUAUGGACAACUCUGAGAAUUACGUGCGCUAUGUUCGUACCAACAGCUUUCACAAUGGCGUUCCUUUUUAUUGAUUUAAGCACAACUGAUCUUUGUUUGGAGUGGCAAUAUCAUGAUAACUCUUUACCAUUUUCUGUAAAACGACUUCGUUUGAUCGGUCACAGUUUUGAAAUUACGAUAAUUAAUCUUUGGUUUCCGCUAACAAUGGUAGUUCUAUUUGGAUGGAAAGAGUUUAAACUGAGGUUUUUGGCCACCUUUUACGUCGCUUUUAUCUUCGGAGGAAUG